UGUGCCCUCAAUUUUUUUUUUCAUCCAAUCAAUCAUUCAUUUCAUUGAGAGAUCGCGCUCUCGCUCUUUCUCUCUCUCUCUCUCUCACUCCUCAUUCUCUCUCUCUCUCUCUUCUUGCACCUCCAAGCUUCUUCUCUUUGUCUGUGAAACAGCAAAUCAGCUCAGAACCUCCUCACUCCUCAGUGACAGAACUAUUCAGAGGGUACCCUUGUGCUGCUGAUUGAUGGCUACUAAUGAAAAUCUUCCGCCUAAUGUAAUAAAGCAACUUGCCAAGGAGUUGAAAAAUCUUGAUGAAACCCCUCCCGAGGGCAUUAAAGUUGUGGUUAAUGAUGAUGAUUUCUCAACGAUAUAUGCUGACAUAGAUGGCCCAGCCGGCACUCCUUAUGAAAAUGGAGUUUUCCGCAUGAAGUUGCUAUUGUCCCGUGAUUUUCCACAUUCGCCUCCUAAAGGAUAUUUUUUGACCAAGAUUUUCCAUCCAAAUGUUGCAAACAAUGGAGAGAUUUGUGUCAACACACUUAAAAAGGAUUGGAAUCCUAGCCUUGGAUUACGGCAUGUUCUUAUCGUUGUUAGGUGUCUAUUGAUUGAACCAUUUCCGGAGUCAGCUUUAAAUGAACUGGCUGGUAAACUACUGCUUGAAGAUUACGAGGAGUAUGCCAGACAUGCCAGGAUUUACACUGGCAUUCAUGCAAAACCAAAGGCCAAGUUCAAAAGCGGAGCUAUAACCGAAUCAACUACUGCUCUGAAUGUUGAUCAGACGAACACCUCAGUGCUUAAUGCUGACAUCAAAACCAUGCCGUCAAGUGCUGCUUUGCCCCCAUUGUCGACAAGUGCUGCUUUGCCACCAUUGUCGUCAAGUGCUGCUUUGCCACCAUUAUCGCUGCCCUCGACCACUGCAGCAAGAGGUGCUAGUCAGGAUCAGGCAGGGGGUAUUCUGACCGAGUCGUCUGCCAAUCGUUCUACUGCUGCUGCGGUAGUUUCUGCUGCUCAUGCACCACAGAAGAAAGAAAUUGGAACUGCCAAAGCUCAGGCAGACAAGAAGAAGCUAGAUGCAAGAAAGAAAAGUUUAAAAAGAUUAUGAUUAAGUUGUUCAAUAAUCGAACUUUUUUUUUUUUUUUCCUGUUUUAGUUUUGUUAUUUGAUAGAGAGAAAGAAAGAGGGGGCAGAGAAAAGGAUUCGAAAUUUGGUUUAUGGAUGUGUACUAUUGAAAUGGGUGAAAUUGUGAACUACUAUUGAUCUUUUAGGCAAAGAAGAUUCACCCUUAUUU